GUUGUGGUGGCCCGCGGCGCGCGCACAGCACCGGGCGCAGCCGCCGCCGCCGCCUCAGCCGCAGCAGCGCCGAGACCGCCGCGCCCUCCUCGUCCUCCUCUUCCUCCUCCUUCCUCCACCUCCUCCUCCCGGAGCCCGCAGCCUCCUCGCCCCUCUCCCCCCCGGACCCCGCGAAGAUGGUGGACCGCGAGCAGCUGGUGCAGAAGGCCCGGCUGGCCGAGCAAGCCGAGCGAUACGACGACAUGGCGGCCGCCAUGAAGAACGUGACAGAGCUGAACGAGCCCCUGUCCAAUGAAGAGAGGAACCUGUUGUCCGUCGCCUACAAGAACGUGGUGGGGGCGCGGCGCUCGUCCUGGCGAGUCAUCAGCAGCAUCGAGCAGAAGACCUCUGCGGACGGCAACGAGAAGAAGAUCGAGAUGGUCCGUGCCUACCGCGAGAAGAUCGAGAAGGAGCUGGAAGCGGUGUGCCAGGAUGUGCUGAGCCUGCUGGACAACUACCUGAUCAAGAACUGCAGCGAGACGCAGUACGAGAGCAAAGUCUUCUACCUGAAGAUGAAAGGGGACUAUUACCGCUACCUGGCCGAGGUGGCCACCGGCGAGAAGAGGGCGACCGUGGUGGAGUCUUCGGAGAAGGCCUAUAGCGAAGCCCACGAGAUCAGCAAGGAGCACAUGCAGCCCACCCACCCCAUCCGGCUCGGGCUGGCGCUCAACUACUCGGUUUUCUACUACGAGAUCCAGAACGCGCCGGAGCAGGCCUGCCACCUGGCCAAGACAGCCUUCGACGACGCCAUCGCCGAGCUGGACACCCUCAACGAGGACUCCUACAAGGACUCAACGCUCAUCAUGCAGCUCCUCCGCGACAACCUAACGCUCUGGACGAGCGAUCAGCAAGACGACGACGGCGGAGAAGGCAACAACUAGACCCCCCGAUGGACUGGCAGCCGCACGCUGAUGCUAACUACUGCAGUCUUUAUUUUUUUCCCACGAGUGGGGGGGGGUCCGGGGUGGGGGAGGGAAAGGGAGGGGACACCUUCCCAGGGAGGCCCCCCACAACCUGUCUUUGAUUGCCUCGUUGACAUUUUUGCCAAAACACCACUAGUGGAAGUCAGGCUGGCUGUGCUGGUAUGGAAUAGCAGCCUCACUGGCAUAUGGACUGUUCUGUAGAUUAUUAAUACAAGUGGAGCUGUCUUUAAUUUAACUUUAUUGCUAGAAAUAAAAAAAAAAGGGUUUUAAGACGAAUUUGCGUGGAUGGAAUGGCCCUCAUUUUUAAGGAAAGCAACGCAAAAACAUUUGGAAAAAAAAAAAAAAAAAAAAGGGAGUUCUGUGGUUCCAGUAAGGCUUCGAGCGUUUGUUUCCGCAGCCCAGGUGCCGUGUGCCCGCCCCACGUCACGGGGCCUCUCUCUGCAGCGCCCUGCCUGCCAGGGCGCAGCUGCAAAUCCCCAAAUUGAGAAGGAAUUAAAAAUAAAACCAACAAAACUAAAGAAUUUGGGGCUCGCAAAGCCCUGGGAUUUAGGCCAUCCAAUCUUUUUUUUUUUUUUUCCUUUUUUUUUUUUUUUUUUUGGUUGAGAUAUUUAUUAGGGUAGCUUACAGUAUUAACACUAAAUUGCAGUUUACAGUAUUUCUACAUUACAGCCAUAUGACAUCAAGCCUUUGAUUGUCUGUUUUUCUUUCUUUUGCUAGUUCUUUUGGCUUGCCUUCCUGAGCAGUCCUCGCCUGUGGACUGGCUUUAGCUAUUCUGUGUCGCCCAAGGCAAGAAGACCGCCCGCCCGAGGAACAUCAAAGCUGCUCUAGUUUUUUGGUCAACAGCUUAACAGGUGCUUGGCUAGCGGCUGUUUCAACUAUUUUAAGUCCACAGCAAAAGGUUUAAGAACUUAAUUAGACAAAGGGGGAAGUGUUUAAACUUAAAAAUGCCACUUAAAUAAAAAACAAUAAAAAAAAUAUUAAAAAAAAAGAGCAUUCAGGUCUGUAUGUCAUGUACUGUGUUUGGUAUUUCAAAAGACCAUCCUGAUUUAAGGUGCCACAGCUGCUUCCUCAGGGAUUGCACUGCCAUUUCACUCUGCCUGACUUUCUCCCACUGUACCAUGAGGUUUGUCAGCAGAUCUCCAGCACCCAGGGCUCCCUUGUUUGUCACCAGGGAAGCCGGGUGUGUUUUCCUUUCUCCUGGGGAAGCUUGUGGUGUAAUGAGUGAACUUCAGGAGCUUAGACACUAAUUUGGUAGAGAAAUUCCUCAAGGGAAGAGCUACAAUCAUAGACAUUUCUGUCCACCAUCGGGAGCCCAGGAACUUAGUUCUCUUCUUAGCAAAAUCUUUUCUCAGUCUGUCUGAUCCGGCCGGGGGUGGGAGUUGGGGCAUCUCAGUUGCUUAGCAGGUACUACUUACCCCAUUUUUGAGUGAGUUUAGCUUUAAUUUUGAUUUUUUCCAUGGUUGUUGGAGGUUCACUGCUGCUCUCUGGCUCGCGGAGUGCCGCGCCCUGCAGCGCUCCCCCAGCGCCGCGCAGCGAGGAGAGCCCGCGCUCGUGCUCUAGCCAUGCUUCAACUCCUUGUCGCGAUUCCGAGGCUGAUUUUGGAACCAGGCUUUCCCUGUCCCUUGCGAGGGCCAGCCCCACACGGCGCGUGGUGGUGAGGCACACACGGCACCGCCGCUCCCGCUGCCGCUGCCGCUGCCGGGGGGACCCACGCGGCUCCGGCCCCGAGCGCCGCCCGGGAGCGCCCCAGCCCCGGCACGGCCCGGCACGGCCCUGUUUGGCCCGGGUGCCCCUGCUCCGGGGGUCCCCGGGGAGCCGGGGGCGCAGCGUCCCGCGGCGAGGGGUGCGCGGUGCCGGUGCGUGCCGGGACCGGGAGAUGCUUUAGGCUGCUGACCUCCCUCCUCUGCCCCCGUGUCCCGUGAGCAGUGCUGUCCCAGCUGUAUAAUUGGAAGUGAUUUACUGGAAUUACAAAACCUAUCCUUUUUUUUUUUUUCUUUUUUUUUUCUUUUUCCUCUCCAAAUAAUUGCUACUCUUUUUGGCUUUUUGCUCUGGCUGCUUUAGGAAACUUAUGCAGGAGAGAUGGCACAAGAGGGCUAAAAACGGAGUGGGGGUCAGGGACUUGAUUUUUAAGCAGCUUGAAUGGUUUCUUUCAUUUUUUAAGAGAUGCACUUGCCUAUGAUACUGUCUCUCCAGUGAAAUGAUUACUGCUCCAUUACUCUAUUGAUACAAUAUUGUGCAUGCUAGUGUCGUAUUUCUAUACAGUAGCUUGAAAUUUAUUAACUUAUACUGUAGAUGUUAUGUAUUCCUAUGACAAAAUAGUCUUCAAAAAUUUUUUAAAGUUUUUUAAUUUAUUUUUCUUUCUUUUUUUUUUUUUCGGGGGUAAAGUUUGCUCUACCAAAUAGUGAUCGUAACAAACUGAUCUGUUAUGGAUGUUGCUAUAGUGACAUGCAAUUAUAUAUGAUUUUGUUUUUAAAAAGGAAAAAAAAAAAAAAAGCAAAAGAAAACACCAGUGUUAGCUUAAUCUUAAUGUCUGGUGUUCGUCAUGGUGAAAUUAUAACUAUUACAGUGUAGGAGAACAAUGACUGUGUUCUUUGAAUGAGCCUUUGUUUGUGCUUUUUGUCAUGUUAUGCAGUGAACUAUUUUUAAGGUCUAAUCAGUGAUUAUUUUUCCAACUCCGUGUUUCUGUAAGGAAUUAUUUCACACACGGACCAUUCUUAGCAGUUUUUCCUCAGUGAUGGAAUAUCAUGAAUGUGAGUCAUUAUGUAGCCGUCGUACAUUGAGCAAAUAAACUUACAGAUCUGACGUCAGCGCU